ACACCUGGGUCAGAUUCCCAGACGAGAGACGCAUAGCCACAGAGGGGAGAGAUCUCUCGCCGGAACCGCAGGGAAGAUAAUCGAUUUGACCACCUGCGCCGUCGGCCGCCGCGUUGCCCUAGGAUCCGAGCAACGAUGGAAAACGGCGACCUGUCAACAAUGGCACCGUCGAGCUAUUCAGAUGAUGAGGUGGACAAGGCGGUGGACAAGGCGGUGGACGCCGCCCUCGCUGCCGUGGAGGCCCGGAGUAAUAAACCCAGAGGGGGGAAAAAGAAGAAGUGGAAGACCUUCCGGUACCCGCCAGACGAGGCGGAGAUGCUCAUGAACAUCCAGCUGAAUACAUACCCCAAGAUGCCCAACGUGUCGCCCGAGCUGGAAGCAGAUUUCCCGGAGAUCUUCAGCCAAUUAAGGGCCACGUGGGCCAGAUGCACGGAAGUUGCGGAGCAGAGCAAUAGGCAAUUGCUUGCAAAGCGGGAUGAGAUUCGACGAGAGUACGCAGCCAAAGGCUAUGUCACAUACAAGGCCGAGGUCACUGACGAGGAUGAAGAAGAAGGCCCUCGUCGGCCUCGAGGAGGAGGCAGGAGGAGAUUCCGCGCGGGAGUUGGCAAGCAUUCAAGUGGAGCUAGAAAGUUAAACUAAACUAGUAGUUAAUGAAUUACCAGCAUCAAUUUUGUUUUACACUAACACAUUAGCUACAUCUGUCUGGAACAGUUAACUGACUAACGCUGUACAAGAGGAAUGUGGGUGGCCUGGACUAGACAGUUGCCAUUGCCAGCUUGAUACGUGUACUCCUUACAGGAUUGAACAGAAGCGCAUGUGUCGGUCUGAAGUAUUGACUGACGUUGGUGGCUGAGUUUAUCAAGCUAGCUAA